ACAGGGCGAGCGAGCUGAGCGGCUGCUUCUAUCUCUUGCGCCCCCAACAGGAACUAUGAGGUUCUUCAAGAGAGCGCAGCAGUUGCAAGCGACGCUGGAGACUUCGAAUUCGUCAACAGUGGAGUUGCCAAUGCCGGAGAACGAAAUGCACCAGCUGUCUCAGGAGGUGUCGAAUCUGCGGGCCAACCUGGGCAGGGCACGAGCGCACUUCAACACCCUGCGUCGCGCACUGAGCCAGAAGGAUAAGAGCCUCCACGAGAUGCUGCACCAACUAGAGAUCCAGCGUUCUGAGGAGCUACGGGUGCACUCGCAGGCCAUCAAUAGCCUGCAGGCGGAGUUGGAGGCAGCGCGGCGGGGUGAGCGGGAGGCCGAGGAGCGUUCCAUGCAUGACGCCAAAGCCGCGUCAUCGGAGCUGGCAGAGUUCACGCUUAGGACUGAGCGGUUUCAAGAGCAGCUGAGACAGGAGCACGAGGAGACUCUGAAUCUGGCACGCAUGGAGCUGGCCGAAUAUCGUGCAUCGCACACGCACGCCGACUCAGAGUACGACGCUCACGUCGUGCACAUCGCAGUCCUGCAGAAGGAGCUGAAGGAGCGUGACGAGCUGCUGCAGCGCUCUGAGGCCGACCUGGUGGUGGCACAGGAAGUGGCACGAGAGCGUGGCACUGAAGCCGAGCGGCUGGGCGCCGAGGCCGCGGAGCUGAGUGCGACCGUGCGUGACCUCUAUGCCAACCAAGAGGCGCAGCAAACUGAGGUGGACACCCUGCGGCAUGAAGCGCUGGAGUUGCAGCAACGGCUGCAGGAGACCAACACUUGCUUCGAGGAGACUGCCAAUUCUCUGGAGCAACAGCAUCAGCUUGCAGAGCUGUCUCAGACAGAACUGGUGGCGUUGCAGGCGCGGCUAGGCGAGCACAAGGUGGAGUGCGAGCGGAUGCUGCAGAAUGAGAAGUGCCGUGCCCAGGAAGAGCUCGACAACACCAGGGGCAAGAUGGAGUUCAUCAAGGCUGAGCUAGGAGUCUCCAGGGCAGAGGAGGCUGCGACGGCACAGGAAGUGGUGCGGCUGCAGUACACAGUUCAUCACGCGGAUGCGGAGAUGAAUUUCAUGCGCGGCCAGAUCGACGGGCUGCAGCACCAGCUCUUUGAGAACAACAAUCAGAUGGGAUCCCUGCAGGCGGGGAUUCUGGACUACCAGCGCGUGGUGGGAGAGCUGCAUGCUGCGCUGGCGCCAUCCCACGAAAACUUGCAGAGCUUGCACGCACAGCUCCAGGAUCUGCAAGUGCUGCACCAGCAGAGCGAGGCGAAGCUCAUUGACAGGAAUUGGCAGCUGGAAUCUCUGCAGGCAGAGAUUCAGUGGUACGAACGUGUGGUGGUGGAGCUGCACGCCGAGUUGGUGCCCUACCGCGACAACAGGCAGAGCGCACACUCAGAGCAGCAGCAUCUGCAGAGCGAGGUGGAGCUUCCUACGGUUGAGGAAGAGGACAUCUCUGGCUGCUCACUGGAGCCCAGCGUUCAAGAAGCCUCCUAAGACCUGCCCCCCAAGGCCUCCAACACCCUCUGCGCCUCUCACAUUGACUAACACACGCACAUAUCGACUGACACACACACACACACACAUUGACUCACACACACACACACACAUGGACUUACACACACAAUUACAUACGGACUUAUACACACAAAUAUCGACUAAGACACACACACACGUGGACUUACACACACACAUGGACCCAUGCACACACAUCGACUUACACACACACAUCGACUCACACACACUGCCCUACACACACACAUACACAUAUGGACUCACACACACAGACAUCGACUUAAAAUACACACACAUGGAGUUACACACAAAGACAAAGAUCCCCCGUAUAGCAACAGACUGUAGGGGCAAGUGCUGUUAGCGAGCACCUAUAAAGGCCGGAAUAGCACACGAGGGGGUGGGUGGCCAGCACCACGCCCGGCCGGCUUUGUCUCCCCAGUGGCGAUGUUUAUGCACUGCACCAGGUACUCAUUUCAGGCUGAAUCGACCUAGGGGAGGCCCAGGAACGAUUCAGAAAAUUGUCACUGGUGUUGGCCAUGAGUGAGAAUUGAACUGGGUUCGUAGUGCAGCGCGCAAACUGUUACAGUGCCGCUCCCCACACACUCACAUUCACAUACACACACAUGUGCGUGUGCACACCUACAUUCACUCCCAGCACGAGGCUGACUCAUGGCAUCUCGUGGAGGAUCGCUGCACUGAACAAAAUAGUUCCACAGUUCAGUUUGCAAGUGCGAGUUUGCGUUUUAAGUCAAUGGUAACCGAAAAUUUCAUGGAAACAGGUUCGUCGGUCGGGUAUUCCGAAGUCAGGUGUUCAUAAGUUGAUGACUGCCUGUAUCCACUUCUUUUUCAUACUAAUGGUUGUACAGUAUGGAUGCGUACUGGGUUACGGAGCAUCCUCU